UGAUUCUUCAAACGAAGCUCGCUGAAAUUUCUUUUCUUUGCUCCAUUUCCGUAUUCGCCUUCACACCAGUUAGGGUUCCACAAGUUUGAUUUCGGAUCGGAACCUUUUUGUAGCUGAUCGAGAACCAAGAAGAAACAAAUCAUGUCUAGGCAAGUCACAAGGCUUCUCGGAUCUCUCUCAUCAAAAGCUCGCCGUUGCUCAAUCGGCGGCUCGGAGGUUUUUCCCUCAUGCCAGUCUCUCAGCUCAUUGACCCAAUCUCGCUCCUUCGCGUCCGAUCCUCCGCCUCCUGCGGCGGUUUUCGUUGACAAAAACACCCGAGUCAUGUGUCAAGGUAUCACCGGAAAGAACGGGACUUUCCACACCGAACAAGCCAUUGAGUACGGCACCAAAAUGGUGGCAGGAGUGACGCCUAAGAAGGGUGGAACAGAACACUUAGGUCUCCCUGUUUUCAACUCUGUUGCUGAAGCCAAGGCUGAGACGAAAGCCAAUGCCUCUGUGAUUUAUGUUCCUGCGCCUUUCGCUGCUGCUGCUAUCAUGGAGGGUAUACAGGCUGAGUUAGAUCUUAUUGUGUGCAUUACCGAAGGAAUCCCUCAACAUGAUAUGGUACGUGUAAAGCAUGCUCUUAACAGUCAAUCAAAAACUAGGCUGAUUGGUCCAAACUGCCCUGGGAUUAUCAAGCCUGGUGAAUGCAAGAUUGGAAUUAUGCCGGGAUACAUCCACAAGCCAGGGAAGAUUGGAAUUGUCUCUCGAUCUGGAACCUUGACAUAUGAAGCUGUUUUCCAAACAACUGCAGUUGGUUUAGGCCAAUCGACUUGUGUAGGAAUUGGUGGGGAUCCUUUUAACGGGACAAACUUUGUCGACUGCUUGGAGAAAUUCUUUGUUGAUCCUCAAACGGAAGAUAUCUUGAGUAGAGUUUAUAGCCUUAGAAGAAGAGGUUUUAUCUGGAAAAAAAUGGCGGGUUGGCAGAGGCAUCUACAGUUGGCUAUUCGUCAAGUUGGGAAAAGAGUGAAGAACACUAACAUUUCGACAGCCAAUUACUCUUCAACUCGGAAUUUAGAAUCCCAUUUCUCACAAGGUUACUUGCAGGGUCUACUGAGACCAACCUACUCCUCAAGACCACUUCAUCAUUAUCUACAACAAGUGGGAAUUUCUACCUCAAGAAAACUGCAGGCUGAUGAAGAACCUGUGUCAUCACCUUUGUCAUCUCCAGCUCUGUUAAGUAGUGGAAAAGAAGAAGAGCAGAAGAUUAUCCCAAAACGUGAAAAAGUGCAGGCUGUACUCAAGGCCAUAAAGCAGGUGAGUUCUCAAAACUCUUACAAGAAUCUGCUUUUCACAUAUUCUACUUCAUCUCGUUUAUUAUGCUUUCACCCUUGCUUAUUUUUUCAGAGUCCUAAGAAGGUCAACCUAGUUGCAGCACUAGUACGUGGUAUGCGCGUUGAAGAUGCUCUGAUGCAACUGCAGGUCACAGUUAAAAGGGCUUCCCAUACUGUGUACCGGGUUAUCCACGCUGCCCGAGCAAAUGCUGCUCAUAACCAUGGACUAGAUCCGGACCGCCUCAUCAUUGCGGAAGCGUUUGUUGGGAAGGGACUCUUCAAGAAGAGGAUAUCUAUCCAUGGAAAAGGAAAAUGCGGGUUGAUGGUAAGACCCGAGUGUCGCCUAACAGUCAUAGUUAGAGAGACGACUCGAGAGGAAGAAGCUGAGAUUGCGAGGCUCAAAGUUCACAACUUUAAGAAGUUAAGCAAGCGGGAGAGGCGGCUUGUACCGCACAAGGUCAUCGAGACAACUCCUAUCUGGAACCGUAGAGGGACUAAAGCCAGUCAUCGGUCCUCAGAGUUGGUGCCAUCUCCCUAGUGUAUUUGCAUUCAAUAAUGUUGCAAGCACGAACCAAAUUUUUAGAUUUGGAUCAAGGUACAAUGACUAGAUGUUACUUUCAAAUCCAAUUUUUUAGCCAAGUGAUGAAA